AUGUCAUUGACCGAGCAUUUCUUUGACUCUCUUCUUCACCAAAAAAAAAUCUUUGACAGUAGCCCAUUCUUAGAUGCGAACGGUCAGAAAGGACUCGAAUCUUCUUACUGUCUUUUGCAUGACAUAAUCAAACGCACAGAAUCGCGGCAGACCCAGAACAGGCGUGACAAGGCUCGACAACACCUCAAGAACAUCUACUCUAUAGCGGAACCAUUGUUUGUCCUCGUUGCCGUCACGAUAUCCAUCACUGAUCUGGCAUCGCUGGACCACGACGAGAUCUAUCCUCGCCUCGAAAUUUGGUGGCAGAACAAUGAACCUUCCCAAAAAUUCCAGUCACGCGCGGUUGAGCUGAUCCACGAGCUGAGCCAUGAAAGAGAGAGAGGUGGCCUUAUCCAUGUCCAACAAAGAACAAAAAGCAGGACUUUACGAAAGUCGCGGCGUGCCAAACACAAGAGGAUAGAACAUCCCAUGCCCUCGCAGAAUUUGGUAAUGAUAGAAUCGAGAGCGCGCAGUUACCCAUUUCUGGAAGCUCAGGUUCCAUCGGAGCUUUUACAGUGA